AACAUUACUACUAUGUCUCAAUCGUCUUUCUUUGACACCCAAUGGUCUGCAGACUCAGUAGAAUUUUGUCCUCACCCAGACGCCACGGACAUUUUUGUAUGCGGUACUUAUCAGCUCCAACAAGAUCCCCGUCCGGAAGUCGAAGAGGCGCAUCCUGCAGACGACGACUUGGCUGAAGAGGAUCCGUAUCCUAUACUCGACAUUGUGGGCAAACCUCAGACUAGACUAGGCAAAUGUCUCGUGUUCGAGACCUCCUACGAGACGGACGAGUUUAAGAAUAUACAGGAAUUCCCACUCCCCGCCAUACUGGACAUGAAAUGGUGUUUCACUACCCAAUCUCGCAGUCCGUUACUCGCUAUAGCAGAUGCAGAAGGUCAAGUUUCGCUGCAUGACUGGGACCUCGAAGCUAGAAGCCUGAAGCAAUCGUCCGUGAUCAAAUGUGCUGAACAGAGCGUGCUCUGUUUAUCGCUGGACUGGUCGAACAGAAGGAACCCAACAGAUACCAUGGGCUCGUUGGUCGUAUCGCUGUCGAAUGGAAAACUCGCCUUGCUUCAACCGAAUCCAGAUACUGGUCUCACUGUCACCGAUACAUGGCACGCUCACGACUACGAGCCUUGGGUCGCAGCUUGGGACUAUUGGCACACCGACACCAUCUAUUCGGGAGGGGAUGAUCUGAAGCUCAAGGUGUGGGAUAUCAGGCAGGGUUUCGAGAAGCCAGCUACGGUCAACAAACGGUUUGAAGCAGGCAUCACCAGUAUACAGAGUCAUCCACAUGUAGAACAUAUCUUCGCAGUCGGGAGCUACGACAACACCGUCCGCCUCUUCGACUCCCGCAAGCUCCUCACCCCGCUCACCCAAGCUGACGUCCACGGCGGUGCCUGGCGCGUCAAAUGGCAUCCUGACCCGAACCGACAACACGACCUCCUCGUCGCCGCCAUGCACUCCGGCUUUAAAGUCCGACAACCGCCUAUCGGGGAGAAGUGGCAGAUCGCGAAGAGUUAUGAUGAGCAUGAGAGUUUGGCGUAUGGGGUUGAUUGGAGCUAUAGGGGAAGCGAAAGUUGGGGGAAGAAUGGGAGCGUGGAUGAAGAGGGCAGAGGAAAUACGUUAAUCGCGAGUUGUUCGUUCUAUGAUCACGCGUUGAGGACGUGGAGGGGUUAG